ACCAAAUGUUCCACCGCGCUUGGAUUGCGAAAUAGACGCCCCAGUGAGAAACUUUCAGAAGACUUGGAGCAAUUGGCCCUCACGUUGCAGAGAGCCCGGGAGCGGCGCCGCGUGCGGCCGCAGGAGCGGGAGCGCGCCCCGCCCAGCCCCGAGCUGCGCAUGCGCGGCGCCGGCCGGCCGGCGGGUCCAGGAGGCGGGAGAUGAGCGGCGGGAGGAGCCGCCCGCCCGCUCGGUGACUUCGGUGGGGCGAGAGCGAGCCGACGGCGCGGUAUGCUGUCGGCAUUCGACCUGAUGGUGGACUUGGAGCCGCAGGUGUUGAAGCAGGGCAGCUUCAGGGGCAAGCUGAGCUCCCGCAGGAAGAGGGAGUUCAUGCCUGAGGAGAAGAAGGACGCGUCGUACUGGGAGAAGCGGCGGAAAAACAACGAGGCGGCCAAGCGGUCCCGAGAGAAGAGGCGCUUCAACGACCUGGUGCUGGAGAGUAAAAUGUUGGCGCUGAGUGAGGAGAACGCCUGCCUCCGGGCCGAGCUGCUCACCCUCAAGGUCCGCUACGGCCUCAUCAGCUCCUCAGCCUAUGCCCAGGAGUCCCAGAUCCUGCACGCCUACAUGCAGAAGUACCUGGCGAGGCAGAGGGCCAUCGAGAUGGACCCUCGCUUCUUGGAAGUAGACACUCCUUUCUGCGAUGGUCACACAAGAUACUCCUCAGGGAGGCUUUCCCUUGACUCGAUUGACUCCACGUCCCAACAUCCACAAGACAGUCCAUUUCACAAAACCUAUACCAGCCCUGCUUCAGUCGGAGUACAGAAGCAACAUGCUUCAGAAAUUUCUGCUGAUGAGCCCACCAUGCGCAAUAUUCCCUUGAAUCAAUUAGUAUCUUCGGGAUACCCCUGCUCAUUUAAUGAAGCAUAUCCCUGUUUCAAACCUUCAAGUGUUUUCACGAAUGCAGUAGAAAUGAACAGUAAAAGCAGUAAGAGAGAGUCAGAAGAUGAUGCAGAAGAUGAACAAGAGGUUCCUAAGAUGCAUCAUUUUUCUCCUUUCAAGGACUGCAGAUAUGAAUGCUCAACAACCAUGAAGUCAAAUUGCUCUGCCCUUCCUCACAAACUGAGAAUUAAGGCAAAACCAAUGCUUACAAAAGAAGAAAAGGAUGGACCAGAAUUUGAUCUUGAAAUGUCAUGGAAGGACCAAUCUCCACUUGAGAAUACCAGGAGUAUUUCAUUGACAGAGAUCAAAGACAUUGAUGUGAGUUUGUGUGGUGGUAUUUGUGAUUGCAAAGCAGCAUUUAAACCUGUUACAUUAUUGCCUAUUUGUCAUUCAGUUUAAUUGGAGCUUUUAUUAAUUGUGACCUUGAAUUGCUUGUUCAUUGCUCAUGAAUUCUUUCUUGUUUUUUGAAAUUUUGUGCUGAGGAGAGUGUUCGUAAGUUGUACAUCAAGUUGCAAUUCUUAAACUCUUGAUGAUGCCAUUAGUAUGGAAUGAAUCAGAUCAUAUUUUGGGAGUAGUUAGUUUUUAGA